AUGGCACUGGGCUUGAGGCUUCUGCUGGUCUGGAUCUGCCUCCUUCACAGUGUGGUCAGCUACGACUACGAAGAAAUAAGCUUUGUAUUAUUUCAAUGGACACUCCCACAGACGGAUGAAGAGCUUUCGUUUUUUGUUUUUGUUUUUCUAGAUGGCAAGUGUGCCUUUCCAUUCAACUACAAGGAUAGAACAUUCUAUUCGUGCAUCAAGAGCUUGUCAAAACAUGACUGGUGCUCAUUAAAUAAGACUUACCAAGGGUAUUGGAAGUAUUGUGGUAAAGAAGAUGUUGCAGACUGUGCAUUUCCCUUCUGGUACAAACGUAUGAUCUACCGGGAGUGUACUGACGAUGGGAGUUUGUUCGGGAAAAAGUGGUGUUCGUUGACCCAGAAUUAUAACAAGGACGGAAUUUGGAGAUAUUGUGAUUGAUGGUGAGAUUUGCGCUUGACUGCUAAUCUAAAGGUUGGAGGUUCAAACCCUCUCGGUGGCACAGUGGAAGAAAGGCCUAGCAACCUGCUGCCAUAAAAAUUACAGCCGAGAAAACCCUACGGAGUGCAGUUCUACUCUGUAACACAUGGGGUCGCCAUGAGUUGCAAUCAACUCAAUAGUAACAGGGUUUUUUUUUUUUUUAAUUUCUUAUGGUGAUAUUUAAGGGGAGCAGGCAAUGAAGAGGCUUCAUCAUUCUCAUGGGAAAGAAACCUAUAGUUUUUGUUGGGAAUGGAGUAAGAUCCUCAUUAAAAGGGUUUCCUUUUGGGCUAUGAGUUGAAGGUGAUCUGACUGCAAAUAACUUGGGGUUUUCAUUAUGGGGACUUAUACUCAUGCCUCGGAGGCCUGGUGGUGUGGUGGUUAAGAACUCGGCUGCUAACCAAAAUGUCGGCAGUUUGAAUCCACCAGCCGCUCCUUGGAAACCGUAUGGGGCAGUUCUCCUCUGUCCUAUAGGGUUGCUCUGAGUCGGAAAUGACUCAACGGCAACGGACUUGAGUUUAUACUCAUGCCUCAGAGCUUUUACUUAUGAACUCUGUAAAAUUCGGCCGUAAAAGGAAAAAAAGGUAAUAACUGAAGUGAGGCCUGAGAUGGGUAAAGUUUGAGAGUGAGACUCGAGGCAGCUCAGGUCUGAACAACACGAUGAACCGUAACGAGGCUGAAAGGAGCUCGGCACAUUUUAGCAGUUGGCGAAGCCCUCAACUAAUAGGUCCUUGUCCAGCAGACUAGCAAACUGAAGUCAGGCAGAUGCUGGGUUGGAAGAACAGAAGGGUUUAUUUACAGUUUGCAAACUGGGAGACAGGCAGGGUCUCCUGACCUAAGGCUGCCAGCUCCCUGAACCAGGUAAGAUUUGCUCCUUUUGUAGGGAGUGACACACGUAUGCAUGAACAAUGAGGGGGGGAUCUUCAGUCUUGUGAUGUGUGCACAGUCUGCAUAAUUUUUGUGAAUGAGUUUUUGCAUACGGCUCUAAAAAUAUUGCUCAUAGCCCUAAAAAAUGGUGACGGCUCACUGCUGCCACCCCAGGAAGAUCGUACAGGGGUUAGAUUCAGAGUCAGCGCGCCUGGGCCUCUGCCUCCUGCCGGAAGAAGAGAGGAAACCUGGGGAAUCAACCAAUCGUGGUGAGGUGUUGUAAAAGUUGUAAUAAAAAGGUAACAAGGGUAGACUUUUCUAGAAAAACAACUAUUAUGGGAUGGUCAGUAACCGUCUCAUGACUGCCAGCUUCAUUGAAGAAGGCCGGUCUGACUGGCCUUUAGUGAGUCUGUUGAAAAGCCGGAUCCCAGGCCGAGCAAACGACUUAACAGCUAACUUUUAAGUGCGAGGAGAAGCCGGAACGCUGUUGUAUAAGCAGGAUCUAGCUAGAAACCAAUUUCUUUCUUUCUUUUUUAACCAUUUUAAUCACUUCUAACUGUACAAUUCAGUGCCAUUAAUUAUAUUGCAGUGUUAUGCAACUGUCAGCACUAUUUAUCUCCAUAAUUUCUUUUUUUAGAUUGUUUUUUAUUUUAUUGUGUUUUAGGUGAAAGUUUAAGUUCAAAUCAGUUUUUCAUUCAACGAUUUUAUACACAAACUGUUUUGUGACUUUGGUUGCAAUCCUCACAAUGUGUCAGCACUCUCCCCCUUUCCCUUUCCACCCUGGGUUCUCUGUGUCAGUUUAUCCAGUUUUCUGUCCCUUCCUCUCUUCUCAUCCUUGCUUUUGGACAGGUGUUGCCCAUUUGGCCUCGUAUACUUGGUUGAACUACAAAUAUUUCCAUAAUUUUUUCAUCACUCCAAACGAAAACUCUGUACCCAAUGCUAUGGAUUGAUUUAUGUUUUUGU